GUUGCGAGUUGAGUUGACGAAUAAGUAACACAAACGCAGUUGUUGUGUUCAGAAUCUUCCUCAAUUCUUAUUACAUGAGCUUUUCCUUCGCAUAUUUCCAUUGUCUAUCUGCAUUUAUUUCUGGGUCCUUAAAUUUCUUCCCACCAUGGUGACAAUAUGUCUACAGUGUGGUGACAAAGGAUUCUCUAACGCCUUUGUUUUCUGUGUAGAAUGUCUAGAAGUUGCUGUGCAUCGCUACUGCCUUGAUAAAAUUCCGGAAACAUUUGAUGAAUAUGUCUGUUGGGUUUGUGAUGCUUGUGAGGUCAAGGUGCUGAAACAUGUCGAGAAAUGUCCCGAGAUUGAUUUGGUAGAGCAUAGUCAAUUAGGAGAUGAUAGAGAAGGUAGGAAGAUUAGCGAGAAGGAGAAAUGUAAUCCUACUUAUGUGAUUGAUAAGAAAGAUGUAACAGCACUAGUAAUUAGCUCUUCGGAGCAAUUACAAGCAAGAACUGGUUGCAAUGAACGAACUCAAUUAGCUGAUCUUUCUGCCUUGGCAACUAAGUUGUCGAAGGGAGAGACUGAUUGUUCACUGACCCAGAUGGUUGGGCAAAGUCUUCAACCUUGUGUUUCCAAGCAACCUCGUGAGGCAAAUACUCAGCUCGACGCAAUGGGUGAUUGUUCUGCGAUCACAGAAAAGGGGAGUAUAUUUUCGUCUAAUGAUUGUCAUGGAAGGGAAUCAAAAAGAGACAGGAGAUCGACACCUGAAAAUAGAACUGCUCUAAAUGGAGACGCUUCUCAAUCUUUGAACGGCAAACUGCCAAAAGAUUUUAUACAUGGUGUCCAGGAACAAGCACAGCCUGUUUAUGAUCCUAUUUGGAGGGGUGGUUUUAAUAUAUGGAACCAAAAGUAUGGGAUACUUGGCGGACUUGUAGCGCAUUUAUCAGUCAAAGCAUGCCAAAAGGUUUUUGAAGAAGCAAAAUUAUUUCCACCUUUGCUUAACCUGGAAAUGCUUCCGAAAUCUCAUAUAUGGCCUAAGAGUUUUAACACAUCAGAACCCUCUGAUGUUAAUAUUGCAUUGUAUUUCUUUCCUUUGGAUGCGAGACAUGUGAUGGAUUUUGAUCAUUUGGUUGAGGAGAUGAUUGGCGAACAACUUGCUCUCCGAGCAGUUGUGACAAAUGCUGAACUAUUGGUUUUCACUUCCACGGAAUUGCCCCUGCUUCACUGGAGAUUCCAAGGCAAACACUAUUUAUGGGGCGUUUUCAGAGCAAAGCAGGAUUCUUGUAGCUCUCAAAUUGCAUCGAAUGGGAUUAAAUCUAUGAUGCUUCAAACUCCAGGGAAUGUUGGGGAGCAGAGAGUCCUAUUAGCCCUUUAAGCAAUAGCGCAAGCCUUGCGUCUAGCACUUCCUGAAGCAUCUGAACUCCGAGCUUUUAGCUUUUCAAUGGAUAUACCUCGGUUUUAUUUCAUCUCUUCAAGGUUUUUUCUAAUGGCAGGCCUGUGCCUCUAUUUCUGCUUUCCAGGGUACCUCUUCAUCUAGUAUCAGACGAUUCUAUUGAUUUCUUCUCGGUGCAAAACAUAAGGUUUGAAAACCUAGGAGUUUAAUAAUGAGCAUAAUGGCCUGCUCAUUUUUGUACUAUUUGACUGAAAUGAAAAGUUUGUGGCCUCAUGAAUGCAUUCAAGGACUGUUGGUAAGUAACCUGGUGAAAAAAGCGAGGAAGCUGACUCACAGGGCUUUGGUCUAGUGGUAAGUGCAAUGUGUGAUGUGUGGGUUAGGCGCACUGUGUGGGUUAGGCGCAUGUCACGGGUUCAAACCUUGUCGCACACAUAUGCUUGGUAUUUAAGUAGAGAAAGGUAGAGAAAAAUUAAGAAGGGGGUGGAAAGCAGCAACUUCUAGUAAUGUCCUGUGAAACUCUGUACCGGUUACCUAUUACUUCCCAUCAGCACAAGUACCGGGUAACUCUGUGCACUUAGACUUGAACAGAUAGGAAGAAAUUACCUUGCGUUCUUGCUUCUGUUUGGGAUUUUAACCUGAGACCUUAUAGUUUUCAACACAUUUCACUAUCCACUAUUAGCUUGGA